AUGGUGGAGUUCAGGACCUGGGAGGAGGGAGCAGGGCAAGCAGCAGGACCACAGCCUGUCGGUCAGGAGGGCUGGCUCUGCCCCUUCAGGGAAUCCCACGGGAUUCCGGAGAGCCCCGCGGGGGAUAUAAACAGCUGUGAGAUCCAGAAGAAAAACUGCACAUGGCUCAUGGUAACACAUGAAAUGUGUGUCAAAGACGAUGUGAUGACAGCACUAGGGAAAGCCACUGGUGACGUUGUGCUCAAGUUUGAGCCAUUUGUUCUUCAUGUGCUAUGUCAAGAGCUGCAAGAUGCACAGCUUCUGCAUUCAGUGGCUAUUGAUUCUGGGUUCAGGAACUCUGGUAUUACCGUUGGCAGAGGAGGAAAAAUCAUGAUGGCUGUCCGGAGCACUCAUUGCUUAGAAGUUCCAUUGAGCCACAAGGGGAAAUUGAUGGUCUCCGAAGAAUAUAUUGAAUUUCUGAUACAUGUAGCUAAUCGAAAAAUGGAAGAAAACACAAGGAGGAUUGACAGAUUCUACAAAUGCUUAGAGUUAGCUUUGAAAGCUGCUGUCAGUGCAAACAACUCGCCUUCUGAGGAGACGGAGAAGAAUCGCUCUGUGUACAUUCACAGGAGAAAGAGAAAGACCAUCCAAGAACAAGAUGUACACACCUCUCCAAAGGAUCACAAUGAAGAAUUGGAGCCUGAGGAUGAUACAGAAAGCAAUCUUGAUAUUUUUGCUGAAAUCGUGAUAUAGACUAAGGCAUUUGAAAGCAAAUGGCAAACUGAAUAAUAAUUGCAAUGCUCUUUGUAAGAGAUAUAAAUACUGCUCUGUUCUAAGUAGUAACACUCUCAUGGACGUUUACCAGAAAAAAAGGUAAUUAAACAGAAUUGUGAACAGGUUUAAUGCCACAGAAGCACAGAGAACAAAACCUUAGAAUGUUUUGGUUUGUUUUUUUUUUUAACAGCGCUGUUGAAUUAACAAUCUUUCACUCUCUCUGUCAGUUAUCACAGAAAUAACUGGUUUGCUAAAGCCUUUGGCCAUGUGCUCUAUGGAAGCAUUUCACUUCCAAAUGCUGGGUUUAGGCCUUCUGAUUUUUUGCAGAGCGGAGAAACUCUAAAAACUGGGUUGUUAUCCUUGAAGGUUGUUAAACCCUGUAGGACCUCUGGAAAACAGUGUGCACCAAUAUAGACGGCCAGCUGAAGAACAGUACCUGAUGUGGAGGUUAGAAUAGAAAAGUAGAAGUUACGUACUGCUCUAUGCCGGCUUCUGCCAGGUGCGUCCAGGAUCCUUCCUGACUCUUGCACCAGGCGGCAAAGUUGAUGCCGUUUUCCUGCACUUCACUGUCUUUCAGGCUCCAGCCCCACCGUGUUCAUGUGUUCUGCUUCCCUUGGCCAGCGGCCAUUAAGUGUUAUUUUUCUUUGCAUCUUUUAGCCAACUCUGUAUGCUGAUAGUUUGUUAGCUCACUGACAUAUCAUUCUAUGUGGCCAGCACCCAUCUUCAGUUCCAGCUGUUGGGCAGGAGGUCAACCAAAGUGUACAGUAACGGGCUUUCUUACCAGGCCAUGAACCACUGACAUGCAAUAAAUGUUAACUAUAAAGCAGUGCAAUAAUUUGUGCAUUCUGUAUUGUACUGUUGGAAAAGUCACCCCAUACUUGUAUUUUUCAGAAAAAAGGUGAAUUUGUAAACCUUAGCAACAAUUAAUUCUGAGCCCA